AUGAGCGAAUCAAGAUCGAAUCAAAAUGCUGCUACAUCAUUCAAAUCGACGACAUCAUCAAAUAUUCGUCAACCACGACGACGUAUGGGACAAAACUACCUUCUUCUAUGGGUCGAUACCAGCAUCGACCAAACAAAUGAAGAUUAUGAAAAUACAUUGAAACAAAUACGAACUAUUGCUGGUGAUGUCAAUGCCUUUACGCAACGAGAUGCAUGCAUCGACUUUCUUACAGAUGCUCAAGAAGACGUCAAGUUUUUUCUUGUUGUCAAGGAUACUAUGUAUCAACAAAUAAUACCCCUCAUAAAUGAUAUUCCUCAACUGGAUAGUGUUUAUAUCUUGAAUGAUAUUAAAACCCUACAUGAAGAAUGGACAAAAAAAUGGCAAAAAAUCAAAGAUAAACAUGUAUCUCUCGAUUUUGCUCGAUGUGCGUCAACAAAGCCGGAUACGAUGGGCGUUCUUUUUAUAAUGUCCAUUGAUCCUUGUAUUCAAUCAACACCGUUUGCCUCCAUUAAAGAUAUGAGCUAUUUUAAGGAAGAAGAUGAAAUUCUCUUCUCAAUGCACACCGUUUUUCGAGUGGUUGCAACUAAACAAAUAGGCAAUAAUAAUCACCUUCAUCAAGUUGAAUUACAAUUAACAUCGGAUGAUGAUCAACAACUACGAUUACUUACUGAUCGGAUGCGAGGAGAAGCUGGUGGUGGUACUGGACGGCACAGACUGGGUAACUUAUUGAUAAAUAUUCGUCAACUUAAUAAGGCUGAAGAACUUUAUAACGUAUUGCUCGAACAGACAUCUGAUGAGGCUGAAAAAGCGCUUUAUUGUGGUUGUCUCGGAUAUAUUAAACAUGGUCACGGUAAUUAUGAAAAGGCUCUUUGGUAUUACGAACAAGGACUUGAAAUUACACAAAACGGUCUUCCUCCAAAUCAUCCAGAGUUAGCUAAUUUAUACGACUUGAUUGGCAACGUCUAUAAAGACAUAGGAGAGUACUCGAAAGCACUUUCAUUUUACAAAAAAGCAUUGGAAAUUCGAGAAAAAACUCUUCCUUCAAAUCAUCCUCAUUUGGCUACUUCAUAUAACAAUAUCGGUAAUCUGUAUGAGAACAUGGGAGAAUACUCGAAAGCACUUUCAUCUCACGAAAAAGCAUUGGAAAUUCAACAACAAACUCUUCUAUCAAAUCAUCCUGAUUUGGCUACUUCAUACAGCAACAUCGGUUUAGUGUAUGACAAGAUGGGAGAAUACUCGAAAGCACUUUCAUCUCACGAAAAAGCGCUUGAAAUCUUUCAAAGAACUCUUUCAUCAGAUCAUCCUGAUUUGGCUACUUCAUACAAUAAUAUCGGUAGUGCGUAUCACAGCAUGGGAGAAUACUCGAAUGCACUUUCAUCUCACGGAAAAGCACUUGAGAUGUAUCAAAAAACUCUUCCUUCGAAUCAUCCUGAUUUGGCUACUUCAUACGACAAUAUCGGUAGUGUCUACGACAACAUGGGAGAGUACUCGAAAGCUCUUUCAUAUUACGAAAAAGCACUUGGAAUUCGAGAACAAGCUCUUCCUUCAAAUCAUCCUCAUUUGGCUACUUCAUACAAUAACAUCGGUAGUAUGUAUUUUAAUAUGGCAGAGUACUCGAAAGCACUUUCAUUUUACGAAAAGGCACUUGAAAUUCAAGAUAAAUCUCUUCCAUCAAAUCAUCCUGAUUUGGCUACUUUAUACAACAACAUCGGUUUAGUGUAUAAAAGCAUGGGAGAGUACUCGAAAGGACUGUCAUCUCAGGAAAAAGCACAUGAAAUCUAUCAAAAAACUCUUCCUUCAAAUCAUCCUUAUUUGGCUACCUCAUACGACAACAUCGGUAAUGCGCAUUAUAAUAUGGGAGAGUACCCAAACGCACUUUCAUUUUACAAAAAAGCGCUUGAAAUUCAACAGAAAGCUCUUCCAUUAAAUCAUUCUGAUUUGGCUACGUCAUACAACAACAUUGGUAAAAUGUAUAAGAAUAUAAAAGACUAUUCGAAAGCACUUUCAUUUUCCGAAAAAGCACUUGAAAUUCAAGAAAAAACUCUUCCAUCAAAUCAUCCUGAUUUGGCUACGUCAUACAACAACAUUGGUAAAGUGUAUAAGAAUAUGAAAGACUAUUCGAAAGCACUUUCAUGUUAUGAACGUGCUCUGGAUAUAUUCCAUCGUACAUUACCUCCAACUCAUCGUCAUAUAGAAAUUGUGAAAAAGAGUAUUGAAAAUAUCAAAAAGAAACUAUAA